UGUCGCUUUAAGGAAACUCCACUGCCGUCUUGUGGACAAAGUUGUUGUUGUUUUUUUUAAAAAAAUCGACGUACAGUUUUGAAGCAAGCUUGUGUGUAUUUUUUACCCUGCUGUUUUCACUCGGUGAUUAGGACAUCGGAGUAAAAACCAAACGAGCGCGUUGUGCAAGAGGAGCCGCAUCAAUUAAAUGACAGUCCUAAUGGAGGUGAUGUGGAUGUGAACAUGUCGGUCAUGAUCGAGGAGACUUUUCAGCUGACCGGGAUUUGACAAUCUGACACCACUGACACUUCAGUGUGUGGGUUUUUUUUCCUUUUCACUGUCGGAUGACAGCGACGAUCGAUCGGACUGUAGGAGCAGAAUCAGUGUGUGUAAAGUCAGUGAUGAGAAUGUUGUAUUGAAUUCAGUAACGAGGUCUAGUUUGGGUUUGUUCGGUUGAUUAGGUGUGAAUGCGUGAGAAGGCUUAGCUCCUGUACGCUGCUCAGACCACUUGUUGAAAUUUCGGGAAAGUUUACACUUGUCAAUGCACAAAAACAAAAACAAACUUUUCGUUUGUUACUGUUUUUUUUGGUGUUGUUGUUGCUAGUAUAGCCUCGGUAUAUUGCUUUGUCUCGGUGCCUACAAUCCCUUGAGUUACUCGCCUAAUAACUUUGACAUCUACAAGACGGAAGGAGUUGAAUGGUGAUAACUGGCUGCUGCGGCGGCGCGGGUUGUUAGCUUUGCACUUCGGACACUUUUCGGUGUUGGGGCUAAAUUAGCAGGCUAGCAAGAAAGCUAGCUGAACAGUUCAAAAAGAGUUCCGCGAAAGCAUUUGAACCCACAAACAGUUUGUCUAAGCCACGCUUUUAACAACUGACUGGAGUGUGUAGCUGAAUUGUCAAGUUUUAGUUGUCGAGUUGAAUUAAAUGUAGUUAGCUGGCUAUUUAGCUAACGAGCUAAGGCUUAACUUGCGAGCUAGAAAAGUUGCUGUUGAGUUGCUAUAUUCAGCGAAGUGUUCGAUAAAAUACUUGCGUUAUUAUUACCCAUUCAUAAAUAUACGUUUCUAGGUGUAUAUAUUUAGAAAUAAUCUUGACCGCUGUAAAGAGAGCGCAAAUGGAGGAAAUGAUGCAGAUACGAGCUAGCGUUAGCUACCAAGCUACGCGGGUGUAGCUAGCGCGGAUAAACCGGCUAACUAAUCAGCGCAGAUGGUAAAAAGUUUAUAUAUACUGCGUUAAUAAUUUAGAAUUGUCCAUAUUGCUUAUUUUUCACCCAUAUAUGCUAAUUUAGAUAUGAAAAUAAUACUGUGUUUUUAGUUUAGACAGGUAACAAGUGUCCCCCCCGGACUGAGUUUGACAGCUGACGUUUCCGACUUUAUUUAUUUUUCUCAAAAAAUGAUUUGCAUCUCGAACGUACAGGAAUGUCCACCAUGGGAGGACAGCUGAAACCUGUUUGAGAUUGAACUGCAAGCACACAGCCAGUGGACAUUUUUUCUUUCUUUCUUUCUUUUUUUUUUUUUUUGCUGCGAAGUCGGUCUGUAAACUCUUGCGGCCUUCAUAAUGUCCGGAUCCCCGGGCUCGAGUAACUCCUCUAACCCGAGGAAGUUCAGCGAGAAGAUCGCGCUGCAUAACCAGAAACAAGCGGAGGAGACGCGGGCCUUCGAGCAGCUUAUGACGGACCUCACCGUCUCAAGGGUGCAGUUCCAGAAACUCCAGCAGCUCCGUUUAUCUCAGAACCGUGCCCAGUACUAUGGUGGUUCCCUGCCCAACGUCAACCAGAUUGGCAAUGCCAGCACUGAUUUCCAGGGCACCUUUCCCUCUGGUCUCGACUCUGUGAGAGGCACCAGGCACCACGGUCUGGUAGAGAGAGCAGUCCAAAGAGACCGCAACCGCAUCAAUUCACCACACCGCAGACCUAUCGACAAACAUGGACGGCAGGCAGAGAGUUCUCCUUACGGAACAGUGUACCUGUCGCCUCCCCCAGACAACAGCUGGAGAAGGGAACAGCAGCCAUGGACCGAAGAGAAACGGCCUGGGUUUAGAUUAAUAUCACAACUCAACAGAACCAACUCAGAUUCAGCGCUGCAUACGAGUGCGAUGAACCCGAACCCGCAGGACCCGUUCAGCGGGAACCAGCAGACGGGCAGAGGGCCACCCCAGCGCAACGCCAGCAUGAAUGAAGCAGAGGUGGAUGGCACAGGAGAUGUCUUUUCUUUCCCUGCUGUUCCUAAUGAGGAGAGUCUUAUUGGUGUGAGUAAACCAUUGCCCAGGCAGCUGUGGGAGGCCAAAAAGGUGCAGUCCCUUUCAUCACGGCCCAAAUCUUGUGAAGUGCCUGGUAUCAAUAUAUUCCCAUCUCCGGAGCAGAAUGUUGGUCUCUCUCACUACCAGGGCACAUUAAAUACAGGCGGCUCUCUACCGGACCUCAGUAACCUGCACUUCCCCUCUCCUCUCCCCACCCCCCUUGACCCUGAGGAGGGGGGCUACCCCAACCUGAGCGGAGGCAGCAGCACAGGAAACCUGCCUGCUGCAAUGAUGCAUCUUGGAAUCGGAAAUUCUCAGGGUCUGUCGACCUCUCUGAGCAACCCUUCCAUCCAUUCUUCUUUGCGGCUUUCCUCACUCAACAGCCCUCCUGCAGGGGGCAUGGCCACCUCGCCCAGGAGACGACCAGCUCCCAUCAGCCCCCUGACGCUCUCUCCUGGCUCUGAGCAGCGCCGCAGCCUGGGGAAGCAGCUCUCACCUACUAUGUCUCCCUCCCUCUCUCCAAUCACACAGGGGGUCCCCUUGGACACCAGCAACCUGCCGAUGGAGCCGCCUCCUCCCUACCCUCUCUACCAGCAAUCUCAGCAGGCCUUGCAGCAGCAGUCAACCCAGUCCCAUCCAUCCAAGCUCCAACAGCGCCAGCCUCAGGGAGGACAGCAGCAGCAGCCUGUUUCCCCUUUGCAGAACGUUAACAUGGACUUCAACUCCAGUGCUCCAAACAACAUGAGUGUUUUCUUCAACGAUCCAUUCCUGGAGCAGCAGUUCUCUGGUCGGCAGUCCAAGUGUCCAUCCUACCAGCAGGACCAGUAUAAUAUGCUGGAGUAUGCCAUGAGCUCGAUGGCUGGAGGAUUUGACCCCUCCUCGAACCUUUACUACUCCCAAGCUUCGCUUAUGGGCCUGAGCGGUAGCCAUGGCAACCUGCAGGACCCCUUGCAGAUGAAGGCUAACAUGUUGUACUCUAACUGUGGAGGUGCAGUACCCAAUAUCAUACUCACAGAUGAGUCAAGUCCUAGUAUGCCCGAUUGUUUUGAUACGGACGGGGUCUUCCCCCUGGAGGACGAGCUUCGCAUUGAACCUCUCAGCCUGGAUGGACUGAGCAUGCUCAGUGACCCCAACAUGGUUCUGUCCGACCCCUCAGUGGAAGACAGCUUUCGCAGUGACAGACUCUGAGGAGCUGCACGUGUGCAUGCAUAUUCAUUCUCUCUCUGUCUUUCUCUCUCUCUCUCUCUCUCUCUUUCUUUCUCUCUCUCUAACACAAACAAACUCGCUUGAGACAGGAUGUCCGAUGCUGCGUAAAACUCCAACAGCAGAACCCAAUCAUACUUUACACGCAUUCACACACAAUACAAAAACAUACGGCCCUUUAUUCCCCUCACACGCAUACACUACAGCUUCAUGUACAGUGACUGGUGAGAUGUUCACACGUUACUGUGACUCACAGGAGCAUCGUCUCUCAGGGGCCAUUCUCACUCUAUGUUCUCCAUCUGCCACUCGCGACAGUGAUGACUGUGAUAUUCACAGUGAGCACACUCAAAGAAUUCUCUCUGAAUGCUUCAUACACCCGUUUUCCAUCCACACACACACACACACAGGAAGCCUGGUCCAGGACUAAAAAGAUCUUUUAAUCAGUGGCCAGUCCAACAUCUGGCUGGGAAUUGAUGAAUCCCUCCAGCAUUCUGAAAAACAAAUACAAAUGGAGAACAUGUGCAUAAAUGUGCAUUACAUCUUUGUGGGUGUAGUUUUUUUUGUUUAUUUGUUUUUUGCAUAACUACCUUUCAGGAGUUAUUAUACAGCGGCACUGUGGUUGUUAUUAUUUCGAUCUUUAAUCGCUUCUAACUCACCUAGUUAAAAAGAACCUGUUUGAAUCAAAAGCGAUUGUAAUGGACCUGACAAUCAGCACUGUCAAAUGGAUGCAGCUUUGCAACACAAGACUUGUCUGACCUGCUCCACCACAUCAUGGGUCUCUAAAGGCUAUAACCAAAAGAAUGUGCUAUUCUUACAUUCAGAAAGCCAUGUUUGCUUUCAGGCACGAUUGUUAGAAAUCAGAAACGGUUUCCGAUUGUAUGCCAAAUAGCGGCCGACUGCGGGGCCUAUCCAGCACUGUCCAGUCUGCAGUGUGUGAUUGUAUAUAGAGAAAGAGCGAGAGAUGGAGAGAGAGAGAAUACACAACAGCGUGGUGCAUUGUGGAACAGAAGGAGCCAGCAAUCUGCCUGAUCGCAGCUCAUAUUGAUGCACCACAUGCACUGUGUAUGUGCACCAGCAGGGUGGGUCGAGCCAUUUCCCUCCCUCCAGACCGCAUAACACGAGCUUAAGGGUUUCAGUGAAUUCUGUCCCUCAGAGAUACAUUUUACAAAUGGAGAGAUGAGGGAAUCAGGCUUUUCUGUACAGAGCAUUAUUUUUCGAAUUUCUUUGCUUAUAUAGUUUUUGUAUUGAAGAAAGAAAGAAAUGUUUAAUCACAAAUACGUAUGCCUCAUAAUUUCAAAAAGGGAAAACUGUUUACAAAAAAGUUUAAGAACUAAAACUUAUAAGUAGGAGUUAAAAUUUCUAUGAUUUUGCUAUCAUUCUGGAAGAGUAUAUUUGUAUCUUUUAUUGGUCCAGUCUGUGAAUGGAAGCCCUCUUCAUGCUUUUGGCUAUGCAGAAUUUAGUAUCAAGAGUAAACUCAAGGCUGGAACAUCCCAGAUCAUGAGAAAGGAACUAUUUUACCUGUAUAUUUAAUACUAUAUACCAGUUCUAUAUAUUCACUUUAUACAUUUUAUACUGACUUGUAAUAUGUGUUGUAUGUUUUUUUUUUUUGUUUGUUUGUUUGUUUGUUUGUUUGUUUUUAUCUGUCAAUCUGACAAGCUCUGAGUUUACUAUGUCUUUUUUUUUAUGUGAAUGAUUUGUGGUGGUUUUAUGAACGCUUGGCCUGCAUUCCCUCUGUGGUCAGAAUGUUUAAUUGUGGACAUGGUACACAUUAUGCAUUGCAUUUAUUGCAGGCUUUGAAAUGUUUGCACUGAUCAUCAGAAGGAACCAUACACUUGUUUUUUUUUUUUUCUUUCUCUUUUUCUUCUCUUUUUAUGAGGGACUGAAUUCCUUUUGGCUAUGGAUGUCGCUGUGAUUUUGCACAUGAUGUAUGCAAAAAAAAAACAAAACAAAACAAAAAACAGGCCUUUGGAAUGUAUGCACUAACUUGCCACACUAAAAUGACCAACAAAUUUUGAAAGGAAAUGUCUCUGUGCAGUAAUGUCGCUCAGGAAUGCAUGUUCUUUGUUAUGAUCACUAAAUCAUAUCAUGUAUCACAGUCUUCGGACUGGCCGGGUUCUGUAAGCUUUUGUUCUGUAAGAAGAUUUUUCUUCUAAGGAAAAAAAAAAAAAAAAACGUUAUUUAAGAUCAUUUCACGGCAAUAGCAGUACUAUGUGUAUACCAUGUCCACCUUUUAUUUUAAUCAACGCUCUGUGGUGUGUGCACUUGAAGGGAGUGGGCGGGGCAGGAGAGGUUGUGUACGUACAAAGCAGGCAAAAAAAAGAUUAUAAAGACUCUGCAGUCAAAGAAGUGGGUUUGAUUAUUUGUUUCUUGUAUUUCUUCAUCGUAUGAUGCAGCUCAGAGGUCAGGGUUUCUGCUGCGUCUUGUUUUGCAUAGCGUACUUCUCUUUUCGUAUGGCUAAUAACUCUCACUGCCUGUCUGUGUCCACUUUGCGUUUGUAACACUUUGUAUGCAGACUUUAACGUAGAUGCUUCUACACAGUUCAAUAGUUUGUGACCGAGCUCCAGCUAUAGAAGAGUGUAUUUUUUCACAGAUGGCACUAGCAGGCUGUUCCUUUAUAGGGGACGUCUCGUCGUCUUCUGCCUUAUCGUCGCUGGGCUCUGACCUCGUGACCGUCCUUCUGAUUGUACUGUGAUGCUUCCCCCUAUUCCAAGCCCUGUGCUAAAAAUGUUAGAUUUAAAAAAAAAAUAUAUAUAUAUAUAUAUAUAUAUAUAUAUAUAUAUAUAUAUAUAUAUACAUACACACAUACACACACACACACACACAUACACACACACUUUUGUUGUUGUUAUUCUGGUCUGUACUACAAUUUUUAGUGGUAGAUAUGUAUUGUUUGUAGAGCAACAUUUUUUUUCCUAUUUGGAGGGGGGCUUUGGGGGGGAGGGGGUGUUUGGUGGUGUUUUACAAUUUUUCUUUUUUUCAUGAUUUUUAGUCGCCUUUUAAAAUGUACAGUUCUGUUAUUUAAAAAGAGAUUUCUUGUUCACUAGUGUUACUGCUAUUUUUAUGCCAUUUUAAACUUUUCUUUUUCAGAUAUUAAAAUAAUACUACACCAUAAUGCUUUUGGUUUGUGACAUAUAGUGCUUAACUUUGAUUUGAUAGAAACAAUAAAACCCUUUUUGUCUCUCUUUAUGAAUUGUCACACACCCUUCUAUCAGUAAUCACUUUUAUUUUCAGGUUUUUUUUUUUUUUAACACAGAAUUGAAUUUCGCUUUGUUUUCUCUGACUUCUUCAUGAAAGAAUGAUCUCACUACAGUCUUCCUUCUUGUAUUUUUGUUUUGCCAGUAGAUGGAGGCAGCGAGAUAUAUUUCACCUGUUUGUGUUCAGGAAAAAGAGAAAGUAGGAGUACACUGGUGAGAGGCACCUUUGUCCUUGUUUCAUGAUGAACACCUUCUCAUGUGGUGGUUUGAAGAGAAAGAUGCAGCGAAGAUAUUUGUAUGUACAAAACAUUCACAGCAAUGUCUUUCAGCCUGUUAUUUGUUAUGCGUGGAAUACUACUGAGUGAGAAAUUCCUUGCUCUCAAUAAUAGUUGUUUAUCUUUUUUUGCUGCCUAAAUGCAUGAUGCUUUUAUUACAUUGUUUAUGAACUGAAAUAUGCAUAAUAAUUAAAUCAAUCGAAGAGGAAAUUCUUUUAUGGUUGAAAACAACUGGUUAAAUGGAUUCCAUCCUCCGUUUUGAAGUUCCAGCUGUCGUCUGCUUGUCUAGAUUUGAGCACAGAAAUUCAGUUCAUUUAUAAAGCCUGAUGUACGGAGUUUGCGUCUCGUCUUUUAGUCCAGAGUGAAAAAUGCUGUAUGUCGGCUUGAAAGAGUGCGUGCCAUCGUCUGAAUGUGGCGAAAUGCCUGAGCAGGUCUGUUAUUACUCCUGGGAUACAGUCCCUCUGAUAAUGGAUUAAAAAACACUGGUAAUAACAGGGUGUACAGCCAGAGGAUGGGCAUGAUAAGAGCACACUAUUUACACUCGCCAGCUCUGGUAUUCACUUAAACUGUUAGGAGGCCGACCACAUGGCUAACCUUGUUUACUCUUUUCAUAAGACAUAAUCUCCAGUUUCACUUAAAUGCUUUGAACUCUAUUACACCCUUCUGUAUGUGCAUUUAUUAAAAGCGAAUGAUCAGGAAAUCUGACUCAACUGAAAUCUGUGAAGUGAUCGAAAGUUAAUUUAGCCAUGGAUAUGUUUAAUCUUUGAAUGGUAAUGAUGUUACAACUGUGCUGGCACAAAACUGUGUUUUUGUCCCUUUAAUUUUUUUUCACCGGACUCGGGUGUGUUUCAGAUGACAACCAUUAUCUUCUGUUGUGAGCCAACGAGGGAAUUUACUGGAGGAUUUGUUUCACUUCACGUCUCUCUCUGAUGAAAGUAACCCUUGCCUUGAACUCUCCCGGGAACUCUGAGAGGUGCGUUUCAUCAAACAAGUCCUUCUUUGGCUAUGGGAGGCUUAGUGAAAGCUGUUAAAACUAGAGGAAGAAAGCUGUUUGACAGCUCAGAGCUCGACUCUGACUCAGGAUUGUAAAUCUCCAGAUUUACAGUAAUCCUUUUGGUUCUUAGAAAACAGUACAAGGAAGAAGAGGAAAAAAAAGGUUAAUUACCACAAUGGGCUUUUUUGACACCUUCAUAUAUUGUAGAAAUUCACUGAGGCAUGUGAACCUUGUGAAAAAUUACACUUUCUCACACUGGAAAGAUGAAACUCAGUGCUGUGCAUUAAAGGAGAGAGGGAGGAAUAUGCGACUGGGGACACAAUCCAACAUUUCAUGAUGUACAGGAGGAGCAGUGCUUUGUAGAGCUUUAGUGCGGUUCAGGCCUGCAAGAGUCUUACUGUAAUAAUUGUGUAAUUGCUGAUUGUUAACUUGUCAUUCUUAGAGGAAUGGAGUCAUUAGACAUGCUGUCUUUAAAUUACCCAGUUCAAGCAAUUAAUCAGUGCCAUUAAGCCAUUUUAAGCAAAAGACUGCAGAGGAAGACAAUAAGUGAAUCAUCCGUUAUCAAAGAAUCGUGUGUUUUAAAAGAAAAAAAAAUGCAUCAGUGUAGCAUAGGAAGGCUAUGAAGUCGGAGUUAUUGUACUGUGUAUUUCACCUUGUAUUCCUCUUCUUUUAGCAAAUCUACUCAUUAAAUCACUUCGCCACAGGGGUUUAGCGCUGAGCUAAUGACUUUAGACUCUAAUUAGAGUUUCUCGUGCACUUCUCAUGCCCUAUUAACAUUGUAGUACUUUAUUAACAUUGUAGUACUUUUCACUUUUCUAUCCUCUAAACUCUCAUUCCUAUCUAUUACAACCAACACUACAUUUAAGUUAGGAUUCAAAAAAAAUUUUUUUUAAAGAACACCCUCUGUCUUUCUAAAUUUCUUGCGCCGUCUUAAAUUUCAGAUUACACACAUUCCUAGUCCUAUCUUACUCAGAUCUUCUUUAAUACCUAAAAUGUAUUCUGUCUUUAUGGAAUCUACACUGCAUGUAGUACUGGUCAUUUUCAGGCUUUAAAUUACAUCCGCUUCCAGCUGCUGAAGUAACAGUUAUAAAAAUAAAAAAAAAAUAAAAUAAAAAGUACUUGACAAAUCUGUAAUGAUGCAUCAUUUUAAAGCCCUUAUGUCUAUGUCUAGUGGCUUGCGCCGCACCUAAAGGGUCGGGGGUUCGACUCCUGCCUCCGCCCUCUGUGUGUGGAGUUUGUAUGUUCUCCCCCUGAUUUGCGGGUUUCCCCCUUGUACUCCAGUUUCCUCCCCCAGUCCAAAAGACCGGCAUUGCAGGCUAAUUGGCAUCUCUAAAUUGUCCGUAUUGUGUGAAUGUGUGCCCUGCGAUGGCUUGGUACCCGAUCCAGGGUGUACCCUGGGAUAGGCUCCAGGCUCCCCAUGACUCUAUGUAGGAUAAAUAGAUGGAGAGAGGUCUAUUGCUAGUUUGUAUAAGGUUGUAAUUAAAUAAUUUAACAUGGAUCUUGGGUAUUGCAUGAUGAGGAAGAUCUGUACAUUUUUACAGAAGGAAUGGAGACAUUGAGACAUCUGGAGUUGGGCAGUAAAGCUAAUUCCCCUAUUAAGGAGAGAGGACACUAACGUGAAAUGUGAAAUGCUGUUUGUGUUUACACCGUGGACAAAUUAGUAGCUCAGGCCCCCUUAGACAAGAAGAUUAAGUGUCCAGUUAUGAGUUUUUUCAUAUUCGUAGUCGCCCGGCAGCACGUAGGCUCGUUAGACUAGCAGUCACCAAUGUUUUUUCUACUCUUAUUCAGCCACAGUAUCUAUUGACUUUAGGAAAAGGAUUUAUUUGGGAUAUUUAAACAAAAUGUGCUUCAUUGUGGUGCACUACUCAUUCUGAAUCCCACCACCUGCUGCACUACAAACAUCGGAUCAGAUGAUUUAGUUAAGUGGGUUUCUGCGGAAUAAGCACAUGGGACUGAACAGCACACAGGAGCUUUCACCAGCUUGCUGGGCUAGCUAAUGGAUUUAUGAUUUGUCAACCUUCUUUGUAUUGUGACGUUCUCUAUUGUGAGUGAGCAGGAUCCAAUGCAGCAGAAUGUCCAUUUCUUGUGCCCUUGACUCUGCAGCUCAUCACUCACGUCAGUGCUUCAGACAUCACGCCUGAUUUUCAAGGUCACUGCACUCUGGGGUCUCUUCUGAUCAAUGGCAUUUGCUUCUUCAGAAGUCUGAGUGUGAAGUAAACUAUUCCUGAUUUACAUCCAGUGUCCUGAUGUGCUGCAGGCUUUGUUACUCCUUUGCUAUCCAGUCUUCUAAACACCGGUCUCACUGAGAUGAAGAGGGUACAUGUACAUUCACACGGGUUAUUUUUCGUGUAUGAGAUUAGCCGAUCAUGACUGUUUCAUUACCACGUCCAUUUGGAAACUCGAACAUCUGCUCUCGUUGCUAUAGUUACAGGGAAAUAUUGGGACUUUCAUCUUAGAACUAAUAAACAUCCAUAAUGUUCAUACUCUAAUAGACUGACUCAGGUGAUCUCCCUUCAAAAAAAUUCAUACAAUUGCUAAAUGCAUGACCUCCUAAUAUUGUGCCCUCUAUCUUCUGCCGCUUUGGCUUUAAAUACAGUGAAGUAUGAGUAACACUGUGAAGUUGCAUCUAUGACUCUGUCGUACUCUCUUCUGUCAAAAAAAAAAAAAAGCGGGUUCCUAGGAUAGUUAAGGAAUCUUUUAUAAGGAAUCCCAGUGGCUCUGUUAUAGUGUGGAGCAAUUGAUGAUAUUGUUUGGCUCAAUACCAAGUUCUUCUGACUGAUUACCUUUUACCAUUUCUGUCCUGACGGGUGUGGUCUCUUCCAGGAUGAGCCCGCCCCGUCUACAUUUUGAGUGUCAAAAUGUUCACAUGCUAUGAGCUUCACAGUCAGCAGAUCUCAACCCAGAUAAGCACCUGUGGGAGAUUUUGAUGUUAUGUGUUAGAAAACAGUCUCUACCACCAUCAUCAAAACACCAACUGAGGGAACAUCCUCUGGGCAUCAGUUCCUGUGACUUGACGAAUCUAUGCCACGGUGCGCUGAAGCUCUUCUUGUUGCUUAAUAGGAAACUUUUAUUGAGGUUUUUUUUUUCCCUUUAAUUUGUCACUCGACUGUAUCUCAAACAGGAAAACGCUGUUGUGUAAUUCUAUAUACAGCAGAAUUACAGAAUACAGUUCAAGAGUGUUUAAGGGUGCUAGACUUGCAUUUUGUGAAUUUAGGAACUUUAUUGAAUUCUAUUUUUAUGAGUUUCGGUGGCCAUAAUUUUCCAGGCUUUUCUUAAUUUGCUGCGGUUUUUUUGUGUUUUUUUUGUUUUUUUUGUUUUUUUUUUCCUCUCCCCCAUAUGUGAUGAAUAUAUUGAAUGCAUAAUGCAGAUUGGAUAUUAUGGGAUCACCAAUGCAACCAAUGGUCUUGUGUUCGAGAUUAAUGUUACCUGCCCGGUGCCUGCUGUUGAGCGAACACACACGCACACACACACACACACACACACACGUUGAUAUUUUGAAAUGAAAAUUCAACCAAAAGUUGCUAGAAAGCAGCAAACACACUCCUGAUUAAAAAUUCCAAAACUCGUUGCAUACUAUACCAUAAUUUGUUUCAAUUAAUCUAACUUCAUAAAGAACAUACCUUAACCCUUUAUAAGAGAACUGUAUUUCUUCUCAAAACCUGUAAAGUUAUUGACAUCUGUGUGCAAAAAAAGUAAAUACGUUUUUUUGUUGUUGUUGUUGUA